AUGGAGCGAGAACAAGACACAGGGAUAUCCGUUCUUGUUGUUGGAGGUGGCAUUGCGGGCCUGACCUUCGCUAUUGAGGCUCAUCGGAAAGGCCACAAUGUCCGGGUAAUCGAACGACGACCCCGUGGAGAGACCUUCGGUGAAAUGAUCGUUAUCUCGACUUCAGCUCUCCAUACUCCAAAGAAAUGGCCAGGCUUCAUGGAGCGGGCGAGGCAAGAGGCAAUUACUCCAGUGCUCAAUGUGAAAAAAUUUGACGGCACCCUGAUCGGGACCUUUCCCCUUGGUGACCCGAACAACCCAUCCUUAGCGAUCUACCGAUCAAAGCUGCAUAAAGUUCUCAAUGAGUAUGGCUUGCAGCUCGGCAUACCCGUCGAAUACUCCGCGACGGCUUCGGAUUUCUUCGAGGAAGGGGACCAUGCUGGUGUGAUCCUGGAUGACGGCCGUAGGCUCACGGCAGACGUAGUGGUGGCUGCCGAUGGAGUUGGCACCAAAUCGUGGGCAUUGGUCGUCGGUAGCAAAGAUACCCCCAUUAGCUCGGGAUUCAUUAUGUAUCGAGUUACCUUCCCCGCGGCACCGGCGCUCGAGAACCCAGUCAUCGCGAAGCAGUUUGAAGGUUUUAAGGACCGUUCAUUCCUAUAUGCCGGUCCGGGGGCGCACGUGGUUACUUGCAAGUCAGGCGAUGAUAUUUGUUGGCUGCUCACUCGUAGGGAAGACGGCGGUGAUGAUAUAGAAGACUGGGCCCAGGCCACGUCGACCGAGAAGGCCCUCAAGGCCGUUGAGGGCUGGGCGCCGUUCAUGACCGAGCUUAUCAAUGCGACACCCAAUCGUACUGUGCUUGAAUGGAAGUUACUCUGGCGUAACCCUCAACCGCAGUGGGCAUCACCUGGCGGCCGCAUUGUCCAGAUAGGUGAUGCCGCACAUCCGUUUUUGCCGACCUCGGCGAGCGGCGGGACUAUGGCCAUGGAAGAUGCGUAUUCCCUAGCGGCCUGCUUACAGAUUGCGGGGAAGAACGACGUGCCUGUCGCAACGAAGGUGCAUAACCACUUGAGGUUUGAGCGAGUCUCUUGCGCCCAGAAGACGGGAUUCAAGAACCGCGAGUUGUACCACAAAACUGACUGGGAUGCCGUCGCCAAGAAUCCGGGGGUUAUGGGUAAGAUGGUCGGAAAGUGGUUGGUGCAUCACGACCCAGAGCACUACGCACAUGAAAACUACAGGAAAUGUGCAGAGCACCUCAGCGGUGCACCAUUUGAGAACACGAACGCCGUUCCUGGCUAUAGGUACAAGCCGUGGACUGUCCAGGAGCUUCUGCACGCUUCGGAGAGUGGAAAGCCUGUUCAAGAUGAAGGAGACUGGUCCUAG